UAUAUAUUGAUGAUUCUUCUCGGGGACCUCCAGUGAUGAGCUCAGCUGAGGAACCAUAGCAGUUUCAAGAAAUUGCCUCUUUCAAAAUUGUAUAUCGACAUGGACACUAAUGAUGACCCUGAUGAAGACCAUCUUACAAGUUAUGAUAUUCAGCUCAGUAUCCAAGAAUCCAUUGAAGCCAGCAAGACUGUAUUUUAUCCUGAAAGAUUUGUACCGCUAAGUGAUCAAAACAGAAAACUUGUGGAGGCCAUAAAACGAGGUCACAUUCUUGAGCUCCAGGAAUGUGUGAAACAUAAAUUUGCAUUGGAUGAAGCUGAUGAUAAAGGAUGGUUUCCAUUGCAUGAAGCUGUUGUUCAACCCAUUCAACAAAUACUUGAGAUUGUUCUUGAUGCAUCCUAUAAGACACUCUGGGAAUUCAAGACCUGUGAUGGAGAAACACCCUUGACUUUGGCAGUCAAAGCUGGUCUGGUGGAAAAUGUGAGAACUUUACUGGAAAAGGGAGUGUGGCCCAACACCAAAAAUGACAAAGGAGAGACACCUCUUCUCAUUGCUGUAAAAAAGGGUUCCUAUGACAUGGUAUCUACUCUGAUUAAACACAACCCCAGCCUUGACCAGCCGUGUGUCAAGCGAUGGUCAGCAAUGCAUGAAGCAGCCAAGCAAGGCCGGAAAGAUAUCAUAGCUCUGCUACUAAAACAUGGAGGCAACGUCCACCUGAGAGAUGGAUUUGGAGUCACGCCGUUAGGUGUGGCUGCUGAGUAUGGUCACUGUGAUGUGUUGGAACAUCUAAUCCACAAAGGUGGUGAUGUAUUUGCUUUGGCAGAUGAUGGGGCAUCAGUGCUGUUUGAGGCAGCAGGAGGUGGCAAUCCCGACUGCAUUUCCCUCCUGCUGGAAUAUGGAGGAAGUGGAAACGUACCUAACCGAGCAGGGCAGCUUCCUAUACACCGAGCUGCCUACGAGGGACAUUAUCUUGCACUGAAAUAUCUUAUCCCAAUAACAUCCAAAAAUGCAAUUCAGAAAAGUGGGCUAACACCAAUUCACUCAGCCGCAGAUGGACAAAAUGCACAGUGCCUAGAACUGCUCAUUGAAAAUGGUUUUGACGUCAAUACCCUCCUUGCUGACCACAUUUCCCAGAACUAUGAUGAUGAGAGAAAGACUGCGCUAUAUUUUGCGGUUUCUAAUAAUGAUAUCCGCUGCACAGAAGUCCUUCUGGCCGCAGGUGCAGAUCCAAACCUAGAUCCCCUCAACUGCCUACUUGUGGCAGUGAGGGCCAAUAAUCAUGAAAUUGUCCGACUGCUUCUCUCCCACGGAGCUAAUGUCAACUGUUACUUUAUGCACGUGAAUGACACUCGUUUCCCCAGUGUCAUUCAGUAUGCCCUAAAUGACGAGGUAAUGCUGAGGCUAUUGCUUAAUAAUGGCUACCAAGUGGAGAUGUGCUUUGACUGCAUGCAUGGGGACAUCUUUGGAAACUCCUUUGUGUGGUCAGAGAUAGAGGAAGAGGUACUGCCAGGAUGGACAUCUUGUGUGAUAAGAGAUAACCCGUUUUGUGAGUUUAUUACAGUUCCUUGGAUGAAGCACCUGGUAGGCAGUGUUAUUCGUAUAUUAAUAGAUUACAUGGAUCAUGUCCCUCUGUGUGCGAAACUGAAGUCUGCGCUAGAAGUACAGAGAGAAUGGCCAGAAAUCCGCCAAAUACUAGAGAAUCCUUGCUCAUUAAAGCAUUUGUGUCGGUUAAAAAUUCGAAGACUUAUGGGACUCCAAAGACUCUGCCAGCCAACCUUACUGGAGAAGCUUCCUCUACCACCAGCUAUUCAAAGAUACAUAUUAUUUAAAGAGUAUGAUCUCUAUGGACAAGAGCUAAACUUGCCAUAACUUAAAAUUAAUAUUUUAAUAUGUGGCUUUAAAAAAUAUUUUAAAAUGUGAUUCCCUCAAAGAAUUUCUUGGAAUCCUUUUGCAUCCUUAAGUGUAUUUAAGUCCACUGAUGAUUUUAUAGGUGAAUCGAAUGUUCUUAUGGGAACAUCAUGAUUUAUUUCUUUAAAGACCUUUAUGUUUUUAAAGAUAGCCAAUAUUUGGUUUUGAAUUACUGCUGAUUAUCUUCAUUUGCUACAAGUCUUCAAACUCUUAUCAAGUGGCCCCCACAAUGUCCAUGACCAAGUCUCUAUGUUUAAAAAGCAAAUUAACCACUUUCUCAAACCCACAUCUCUUUCCAGUUGCUGACCUAUUUCCCCUGUCUUUCAUGGCUCCACUGUGUAAAAGAGCUCCUCCUACCUGCAAGUUCACACACUGUGAUCAGUGAGCAUCCUUCAGUCCCCUGUCCAAUGGAUUCCUGCAGCACCUGACACUGUUGUCUGCUCCCUCCUUGAAAUGGCACCUUUUCCCUUGGUUUUCACAGUACCUUGUUCUCUUGGCUCUCCUCCCACCUCUCUGGCCACUCCGUCUCAGGCUUUUUUCUACAUCGCUCAUCUCCUGUCAGUCCUUUCGUAAUUUAUCUUAAGCCCACUUCUCUUCUUACGCAUUGUUCUCUGGGAAAUUUCAUCCACCUCCACAGUCUCAAUCAUUUUGCUGGUGACUACAAAAUUUAUAUCCAAAGCUCAGCUCUUUCUCUCAUGUGCUUGAGACCCAUGCAGACAAUUGGCCUGAUGGACAUUUGAACACAAAGACACCUCAAAUUCAACAUGUCCCCAAAUGAACUCACUACCAUCUUCCACAAAAAAGGCUUUCUCUUUUGCAUUCUCUAGCUCAGUAGUUAGCACAAUGAUCAAUUCAGUUUCCAAAGGAAAAAGCCUGGAUUGUCAGCCUUGACCACUCCAUUUUCCUCACCCAGUAUAACAAAUUGCCAAAUCCUUUUAUCUCCUGAAGUCACCUUCUUCUGCUCAGUGCCCCAGAUUUGGCCCCAAGGCUGGCUAUUGUCUCCUUUCUCUGGGAUAAUACAGUGCUGCUUGUCUGGCUUCCUGCCUCUGUCUCACCCUCUCCCAUACACACUCUACACGCGGCAUCUCAGAAGGGUCCUUUGCACACCUAGGUAGAGCCUCACUCCUCUGCUUCAGGUCAUUCCCAUUGCUCCUAGGUUAAAGUCCAAAGUUCUCUCCUGGCCCUUCAUGAUCUAACUCCUGCCUUCCUCUUUCACUUCCAUCUCUUGAUAUCUCCCUUUCCUCCCUUCCCUUUAACUAUAUUAAACACCUUCUAAAAGUUUACUCUUUAAACAGUGAUUCCCAGACUUUAAGAUUUUAUACACUGGUAGUUUUUGCUUUGUUAAUUUUAAAAAUAGGAUCAUCUAUUUUUUUUUUAAAAAAAAAUGCCAUCUACUAUCAUCAUCAUUUCAUAAAAGAGGGGCCAUUUUAAUGCCAGAAAAUAAGGUAGUCAUAAACUUAGUCAUUAAAAUUGAUUGACUUUAGCUUUGAAAAGACUUACCUCACUGUCCUUAUUCCCCCAUUGAUGGGCGAAAAUUUCGCUAUGGCUGGAAACCACUGCCAUAGAAUAGACCACGCUCUCUUACAACUCCCAGGGUCUUUGCACUUCCUUCUCCCUCCAGCUGAAACACUCCACUUUUUCUGCUCUUCUUCACCUGAUCAACUCCCUCUUACCCUGCAGGUCUCAGCUGAGAUAUCACUUCCUCUAGGAUGGGAGACCCAAGCGCAGAGCUUCUCCUGCAGUGUUAUAAGUACCCAUGUCCCCGUCUGUCUUCCUCACUAGACUGCUAGACUGUAAGCUCUGUGAGGGCAGGAUCUGCACCUGUUCUAUUUUCCAGUGCUUUUUCAGGGCCAAACACAUUCCCUAGAGAAUAAAGAGAGUUCAAUAAUUAUUUGUUGAAUAUAUUGAAUGUUAUAUAAAACCCAGACAAAAAUAAUCGGUGACCUCACGGUAAAAUAAUAGUUUUGAAUUUCUGAAUUAGUUACGUGAUCUUUGUAAUGUAAUUAUUUAAAUUCAUUAUUCUUAGAUUUUAAUAAUGUAUUUUUCUUGUAUUUAUUUUUAUCUUAACAGUUACUAUAUUCUUUCAAUGGUAAUACUUCACUGGUUUGUACAUUUUUCAAGUUGUGUUUAGCUUUAGUUACCUUUGAAAGAUAAAUAAGUAUGGGGAUAAAAACCUGUACAAUUAGGGCUAUAAUUUUAACCUCCUAUAUACCCUAGAGGAUAUAUUUUAUAUAAAUUAAACUAUAAUGUAUUUAAUCUCACCUGUAAUGUUUUGUGUAAUUUUGAUUUCUAUUUUGCUCUCUUAAUUGUGAUUAAAAUUUAUUGUUACCU